AUGUGGUUUUUACCAGAUUGGUACUUAUCUUCCAGACAUAUGACAACUUAUCGGAUUUUUUUCGAAGUGUACACAUUUAAGUAAAUUUUUUGUUUUUAAAUGGAAGUUGUUUCAUUAAAGAAGAGCAGCGUAGUAACCCUAUAUCAUCUAAGUCUAUGAUGCACUGUAUGAAAUAGUGUCUAUGCCUACAUAUUAGUAAAGCAAGCCAUAGACAUAAUGAUACUUUUGCACCAAGUACACCGUCAUAUAUUUGACAACUAAUCCUUUCAACAGUACAUUAACAAGUCAAGCUGCCGUUAACAAUGAGUAAGUUUCUUCUGAUUUGCACCGUAUGUACUAUGUAUAUAGAUUUUAUUAAAGCUAAUCAGUGUGGUCCCAUUAAAUCGUUUUUCUGUGAAGCUUCUGAACCGUGCCCAGAUACUAAUACAUUUAUAAUCAUAGAAGUGGACGACACAUUCCGAUAUUGGGCCCAAAAUUACCACAAUUAUUUAAGGAAUGAAUUUGCUGGAGGUAGCGAUUGCAGAUUUAAAUCCGGUUGGACUGCAGCUAAUAUGUUGUUGGUCGAGUACGAUCUUGAACUGGAAAAAUCAGUUGAAUGUGCCCUAAAAAAGUGUCCAUUUGUGUAUAACGAAUGUAGAAGGAACAAGCAAUUCGGAUAUCUCGGUCAAAAUCUUUAUAAAUGCAUCGGUGAUGAUGCUGAGUUACUUUUAUAUACUGCUGCCCUGUUAUGGAAAGAAGAAUUGUUAGAAAUUAUUCAGAACGAUCUAUCCAUUAUGAAGCACUUUCAUAAUGUUAAAGGAAAAACGAUAGAACAUGUCACUCAAUUAUUGUGGGCAGAGACCUCUCAUAUAGGAUGUGCUAAAGCCAGGGAUCCAUAUAAUAAUGACCACUAUCUUGCAUGUCAUUAUGGGCCUUCUGGAAAUAUGUAUCAUGAACCUGUCUUUAUACAAGGAAAUCCGCGUUCUAAAUGCUCUUCUGGAUACUGGCGACAAUCCACUCGUUACCCAAACUUGUGUUCCAACCAAACAAACGAAGAAGACCUUAGAAAUGCAUCUUCAAAUUUCUAUUUAACUUUUUAUUAUUUAUGUAUCAUGUUUUGUGUAAAUGUUAUAGCAAUGGGUACUAUAGAUAUAUAA